UCAAUAUCUACCUCACAUUUACAAUUAUCGUACAAAACAACCCUUAGGGGUCAAAUUAUUAGAUAGAUAACCAUUUGUCUGCUAACAUUUGAUAUUCUAAGUGCUGUAGGUAAUUAUUCCCUGAACAUUCGCGCCAAAAUGAAGCUUUCCGUGCGUGUUCGAGGUGACUGGUUUGCUGUCCCGUGUAAAGGGACUGAGAAAGUCACGUGGCUUGGAGAGGAGUCCUUAAGGAGAUACUAUAAAUCUAAGUCUGGGGUGGGGCAUGCUCUCAAGGAAAAGGUUUAUGAGGUUCGGAAAGCCAAGGGAGCCGCCAUCUUGGAUCCUGAUGACGCAAUUAGAGAUGUCCUGGACGAAAAUGAUUUCGUCACUGUCGUACUUGACAGCGAUAUAUCAAGUCCGGUAACGGGACCAGCCGAGCCGGUGUACGUGGAGGAGAAAAUGUAUCCUAGUCUGACAUUUGUUUUCUUUUAA